AUGGAAGCUGUCGAUCACUCAAAAAUUGUACCCGUUGAUCAAGAAAAACAAGAUCUCAACGAAAACAAUAAAUCAACUGAUUACAAAGAACUAUCAACACUGUACAAAGAUACCAUUAACUUGUUAAAGUCAGAACUCUCCAUACAAACACAGCUUUGUGAUAAGUUGGAAAAUGAAAACCAAUAUUUGCAAGAUUAUGUUGAAAAUUUGAUGUCAUCUGGUGAAGUGUUAAGUAAAUAA